GGAGUUCCAGAAGAUGAAACAGGAACUGGAGGCCGAAUACUUGGCCACAUUCAAGAAGACGGUGGCCAUGCAUGAGGUGUUCCUCCAGCGACUGGCCAUUCAUCCGAAGUUCAAAAACGAUCAAAACUUUCGCAUAUUCUUGGAGUACGAGAGCGAAUUGGGCGUCAGGGGUAAGAACAAGAAGGAGAGGAUCGCCGGUAUGUUCAGUAGUUUCAAGUCGUCGGCCGAUGACGUGCUGUUGUCGUCGACCAUGAAAGACGUGGACGAGUUCUUCGAGAGGGAGCGGCUGUUCCUCAACGACUACUACGCGCACAUCAAAGACGCCACCAAUAAGUCCGACCGCAUGACCCGUUCCCACAAAAACGUGUCCGACACGUACAUCAAGAUGUCUUCGGCGCUGAUCCAGUUGGCGACCUUCGAUCAGACGGAUUUGGAGUCCUUUUACGGCAAAGUAGCC